CCAACUUUUUAUUAUAUAUAUUUUUUUCUAUUUUCCAAAUUCAAAAUGUUAUAAAAAUUAUUAAUUUGAUAUUAACAUCAUGCAAAUCAUUGAAUAUCGCAUUACAUUACCUCUUACCGUUGAAGAAUAUCAAGUGGCUCAAUUGUUUACUUUAAAUGAAAGUUUAAAAACUGAAACCAAUAACAAAAAAGCUUUUGUAUUACAUAACGAAUAUUUUAGCAAUUAUCCUCUUCUUAAUGGUGGCAAAUUUUCCCACGGACAAUAUACUUCAAAAAUCUAUCAAUGGUCUGCAAGAAUACCACAAUUUUUGAAAUCAAUUUUAGGUCAAGACGCCUUAGAAGUGCAUGAAGAGGCCUGGGAUGCUUAUCCUUAUUGUCGCACCAUUAUAACAAAUUCUGUUUAUAUGAAAGAACGUUUCUAUAUAAAAAUCGAGUCUCUACAUUUGGCCAAUGAUCGUGGUGAUCAAGAUAAUGUUCAUGAACUGACCGAAGAGUUAUUAAAGCAACGUAAAGUUAUUCACAUUGAUAUAGCCAAUGAUACUGUAAGUGCCAAAGACUAUCAAGCUAAUGAAGAUCCCACAAAAUUUCAGUCGUUAAAAACAGGACGUGGUCCGUUAGUGGGUUCAAUGUGGCGCCAAACCUGUCAACCAGUAAUGACUUGUUAUAAAUUGGUGACAUGUGAAUUUAAAUCAUUUGGUUUACAAAAUACUUUGGAAACAUUAUUGCAAAGGUUUGAGAGAAGAAUUUUUACUAAUUUUCAUCGUAAAUUAUUUUGUUUAAUCGAUCGUUGGUAUGAUCUGAAAUUAAACGAUGUGAGAGUUAAAGAAGAAAAAUGCGAGCAGGAAGAACAUAAUAAAACUGGUAACAGGGAUUUAAAGGAGGUAAUAGAAACAAAAAGAACGUCAAGGCAUUAAGUUUUUUUUGGGAACUAUCAUUGAUAAAUAGAUUAUAUAAAGCAUAUGAUAAAAAUAUGGUCCUACGAACCAAAAAAAUAAAGAAACUUUGUAAUUAU